UUUUCCUCUAUUUUCGACAAUUCAUCUGUCACUGAUCCAGGUUCGACUGCACAAACCAAACACACUGGUGCCUUCUCAACCAACCUUGACCACUGGAGGGGGCAGCGGUGCGGUUGAUUGACAGGGAUGGCGGCCAAUGAGCCCUACCAUGGCGAAUGAGACCACAGACCCUAUGCCGCUAGAAGAGCUGUGCAUUCUUGAGAAUGUAGAGGUGUACAGGAACCAAACUGAGGUGAAGAUGAGUCAGAUAGUUCUCCCCUGUCAUGCCAACCACUGUGGACAGCUCAGUGCUGGACAACUUCUCAAGUGGAUGGACUCCACAGCCUGCCUCUCUGCUGAGCGGCAUGCUGGUUGUUCCUGUAUCACAGCAUCGGUGGACGACAUUCACUUUGAAACCACAAUAGGGGUUGGACAGGUUGUCAAUAUUACAGCCAAAGUCAACAGAGCUUUCACAUCCAGUAUGGAGGUUGGAAUAUUGGUGAGCUGUGAAGAUCUCUUCAGUGACAGACAAUGGAAGGUCUGCCACGCAUUUGCUACUUUUGUGGCCCGUCGUACCGAAGCAGGAAAGGUACAGCUGAAGCAGGUAAUUCCUCGAACGCAGGAGGAGCAGAUGGAGCACAGCCUCGCAGCCGAGCGCAGGAGGAUGAGACUAAUCCAUGCAGAGAUAAUUACCGAUCUUCUCAGCAGCUGCUCGGCGCAGACAGUGAGCGAGGGUCUGGAUUACCGUGAUGCGGUGCCUGCAGAGAGGACUCGUGUUGAAAGCGUCGAGCUGGUGCUCCCGCCGCAUGCCAACCACCAGGUCAGCACCUUCGGUGGGCAAAUCAUGGCCUGGAUGGAGAACGUGGCAACUAUUUCUGCCAGUCGUUUGUGUAAUGCACACACAACUCUCCGGACGAUAGACAUGUUCCAUUUUCGUGGCCCCUCCCACAUUGGAGACAGACUUGUGUUAAAAGCCAUUGUAAAUAAUGCCUUCAAGGAAAGUAUGGAGGUUGGAGUGUGCGCGGAGGCCUAUCAGGGUGGAGAGCCGCUGCGACACAUCAACACUGCCUUUAUGACUUUUGAGGUCCUGGACAAUGACAGGAAGCCACGCACGUUGCCAAGGAUACGACCUGAGCCUGUGGAUGGUAAGAGGCGUUUCCAGGAGGCUAUAGCCAGAAAGAAAAUACGGCUUGACAGGAAGUACAUAAUAUCCUGUAAGCAAAGUGAAGUUCCUCUCUCAGUCCCCUGGGAUCCGAGUAACCAGAUGUACCUCAGUUACAACAACGUUUCGGCACUGAAGAUGUUGGCUGCCAGGACCAACUGGGUCUUAACCUCCGAGAAAAACAAGGUGAGUUUAUACACGCUGGAGGAGAACCAGAUGUUGUGCUUUAAGGUGGAGACACAUGUGGCUGUUGCAGCAGAGCAGGUGUUUCUGUUGCUGUCUGAUCUGGGGCGCAGAAAGGAAUGGGACCACCACUACCAGGAGUGUGAAAUGAUAACUGAAGCACACGAAGACGACACCAUCUACCGUGUUGUCACCCCGUCUGUGACUAAAGGAGGCAAGGUGCAAGACUUCAUCCUCCUGGCCUCCAGGAGGCGCCCUUGUGAUUCUGGAGACCCUUAUUUGAUUGCACUACGUUCUGUUACCCUGCCUGCAUGUCCUCCCUAUGAAGACUACAACAGAGGAGAAGUUCUCUGCGCUGGCUUCAGUAUCUGGGAAGUGGAUCGCUCUUACACUAAGAUUUCUUACUACAACCAAGCCACUCCAGGCGUGCUGCCCUAUAUCUCCACUGACAUCGCUGGGCUUUCCUCCAGCUUCUACUGCACCUUCUCCUCAUGUAGCACUUUUCUGGAAGAGAAUAAAGGCAGCUUGGCUUUACUUCCCACCUCUGUGCUGUGAGAGAGCUUGAGGGGUGAAGUGGACAUUCUUUGCUCUUCUAAUACGAUACAGUUUCUCAAAGAAUUGUUAGGGUCAAGAUUUUGCUGACAGACUCAAAGAUCACCAACAGUGAAGAUCCUUGUAAUACUUCUGGGAUGAAGACUUUCCAGUUUGAGUUCAGUACAAAAGAUUUAGUAAUCGCAGGUACACAAAAUCGCGGAAUGGUAUAAAUUCAGAAAGGUCAGUCUGGGUCAUAAAUAUAUUGCAAAUUAUGUUAUGAAAACAUGAGAUGUUAUAUUAUUAGAACUACAGCCAUGGGAAAAAUUAAGUAACCAUUUUACAAGUUUAUUAGAAUUUACAAUUUAUAGGUAUGUAUUAAGGGGAAAUUAUCAUUUUUGUUUCAUUCUGUGAACUACUAACAAUAUUUCUUCCAAAUUUCAAAUAAAAAUAUUGUUUCUAUUUUUAUUUAAUUGCAGAAAAUGAAUACUGGAGAAACAGGUCAAAAUAACAGAAAAUAUGCUCUAUUUUUUAAAUGCUGCAAAGAAAACAAGUUCAUAUUCACUUUUAAGCAAUACAACAGUUAUAUUUGUACAUGUACUUAUGAAAAGUUCAAAAUUAUUUUCUUAUGUGAUAACCUUACUUUUUAUUACAGUUUUCAUGUGUCUUGUCAUGCUGUCAGUCUUUCACAUUGCUGUUGGAUGAUUUUAUGUCACUUCUGAUGUUUGAUUUAGUUGAAAUCCAACAGACACUGGACUGGUAUGGCCACAAUACAUAGAAACACUAAAUAAAUGAAAAUUUGUAAUGGUCUCUUAACUUUUUUCGUGGCUGCAUAUGUAAUUCUUUUAAGAAUUUCACUUUUUAGAGUAGAAGCUAGAACUCUGGGUUGUGUGCAAUGAUGUUAAAGCAUCUCAGAGCCAGAAGAUUAAGCUAGUAUAUUGCCACUGGUUUCAUUCUUGAUGAAUUAAGUUGUCACAAUAAAUCUAAUGAACCUCAAAUAGGUGGUAAGAUCGAUAUGUGGUACUUCCUGUGUCACUCACAAACAAAUUUGCAUGGAUUUUUGUAGUCAUUUUAUGGAUAGGUGUUCAAUUAUAUUUUCUACCUCACAACACUUUUCUUUUCAUUACAAUCUGGAAGAAGAUGUGCCUGUUGUUGAUUGUUUUUAAUCAUAUUUAAAAUUUUAAUAUUAUUAUUAUAACAUCAUGUAGCAAUAUUUGUGCACUGUACCUGUUAAUUCCUAAGAACAGCAAAUGGCUUUAAAUGAUCCUGUAAUAAUCUUUCUUCAGUGUUUAUUUAAGGAAUGUUUAACUUCAUGUGAAAUUUAUUCCUAUUAAAUGUUAUUCGCUCUGAUUGAUGUCUUUGUAAUAGUUACUACAACUUGUCUGCGGCCAUCAAGUCUUUUCAUCAUUACAGGCACCAUAAGCU